AUGCUUCAAGCUGCCCGUGGGCAUUCUGUAAGCAGCGGUCACCCUGUUUUUGUGAAGCCUCCGCUGACGGGCCAGUGCCGGCACGCAAGUCAGGUGUUCGAACCUGCCUUGGUACCUCGAGCUGCAUCUGCUGGCAUGCAUGUUACCACCUGUCCCCCAUGUGGGCUGCCGCUUCGGUUCCUGGAGCUCCCAACAACGGACGUUACAGCGGCUGCGGUGGAGCUGCAGGCGCAAGUGCCAGGAAUUGAUUCGAAAGCCACCGUGGAGCGGGUUAACGAGACAGUGACAGCCAUUUCAGGGCAGGGGUGUCGCUUUACAGAGCUAGAAAACCACCUUGUAUUUUGCAAGGACUUCGAGGCCUUACAUCCGGCAUGA